UUUAUUAAAUAGAAAGAAAAUACUUUUGAUGAAAUAAAGAAUUAUUCUGCGACAAUAAAAUUUAAACAAUGAAACUGUUAAUGUUUGCGAUUUUACUUAAACUCAUUUUGGCAGAAAUGCAUUAUCAUUCUGUGAAAUCACAUAUGGACACAAAUCUUGUGCAUACAGUACCAUUGGGGUCUGAAUCCAAUUUUCAUUGGAGGGUCGAUUUCAUAAGUGAAUUAAUAAUUGCUGAAGUUCAUUAUGUGGGUGAAGAAAAUUCCUGGUUCGCGAUUGGUUUUUCGGAUUAUGGUGAAUUGAAACCAGCGGACUAUUGUAUUCUUUGGAUGGAUUGGCAUCGUGACGUUAAAUUACAAGAUGCAUGGACUGACAGGAAUGGAAUGAUAAAUUUAGAUUCGCAACAAGAUUGUGAAAGUUUUGCUUGGAAAAGAAGAGGAAAUGUCACAAAAUUUACUUUCACUAGGAAAUUUGAUACCUGUGACGAACAUGAUUACGUUAUUGAGAGAGGUACGACUCAUUUAGUUUGGCUAAAGGGUCGAGGUCCGCUGUCUUCAUUGGCUGGUCUCAGAAUAGAGGAUGCUAAAAGUUCAGGAAUGUCUCGAACUGAAAUGUUGAGAACUCCUCAUAUCAAACCCCAAUUUCCUCCAGACACGUGGAAUUUUGAAAUAUUAAACGACAAAGUCAAAGUACCCAAUAAGGAAACAACUUAUUGGUGUCGAGUCUUCAAAUUGUCGUCAGCAUUAAAGGAAAAACAUCACAUUUUGCAAUUUGGUCCAGUGAUACAAAAAGGCAACGAACAUUUGGUUCAUCACAUGGAAGUUUUUCACUGUGCUGGUCCAGGAGAUUUGGAAAUUCCCUCCUUUAAUGGGCCUUGUGACAGUCCUGACCGACCACAAAAAACACAGAUUUGUAAAAAGGUUUUGGCUGCCUGGGCAAUGGGUGCAGAUGAAUUCGUUUAUCCAGAACAUGCUGGUUUGUCGAUCGGCGGGGCGGGUUUCAAUCAGCAAGUUAUGCUCGAAGUCCAUUAUAAUAAUCCAGAAUUACAAUCCGAAACUAUUGAUUCUUCAGGAAUUAAAUUUUUUCUCACAAAAACGUUGAGAAAGUACGACGCUGGUGUACUCGAAUUAGGCCUCGAAUAUACAGACAAAAUGGCUAUUCCACCUCGGCAGGAAUCAUUUUCUUUAUCAGGACACUGUAUAACGGAAUGCACAGGUGUUGGUUUACCUCCAAGUGGAAUUCGAAUUUUUGGAUCGCAACUACACACGCAUCUAACAGGCAUAAAAGUGACAACACGUCACGUAAGAAAUGGCGAGGAACUGCCAAUUUUGAACUACGAUAAUCACUAUUCUACACAUUUUCAGGAAAUUAGACUUCUGCCCAACCACGUGACGGUUCUGCCGGGAGAUUCUCUAAUCACAACUUGUACCUACAAUACACUAAAAAGAACAAACAUAACCCUGGGUGGAUAUGCCAUAUCCGAUGAGAUGUGUGUUAACUAUAUUCAUUAUUACCCAAACACACGACUAGAGGUUUGCAAGAGUGCCAUUAGCGAUGAUGCAUUAAGAACGUAUUUCCGGUAUAUGCGUGAGUGGGAAAAUCAAGGGACUAGUAACGAGAAAGGGAUUUCUGAAAACUACAAAAGCAUUGAGUGGACCAAAGUUCGCAUCUCUGCACUACAUGAUCUUUAUGAAGCUGCACCACUUGGGAUGCAAUGCAAUGGUUCUGAUGGUUCACGACUACCUGGCCUGUGGAACAACAUUGCAGCGACACCGGUUAGAUUGCCACUUCCGCCCCCAGCUAGGAAUUGUCAGGAAUCACAAUUUGAGAAUAAUAUCGUCGAUCGAUUCUGAACUUGAUAUCAAAACUUGUCAGUCAGGCGACACGUGCUUCACAUGUGAUCGACGAUUUGCAUCUAAAAUGAUCGAUCCCGCUUCGUUGUUUCGAAUUAAUCAUUAACGCAUUAUGUAAAAAGCCAGAAGCACCUAGAAAUUCUAAUCGCUAUAUUCAAUACUAUUGACAUAUAUGUGAUUGUUAGUCAUUAAUAAACUACGGGAAUGGAAUUGAGUCUUUUAGAAAAAACCUUCUUAACUGUAAACGUUUUUUGGCACCUUACCGCUGUAAACGGGGGUCUGUGAGACCCAAGCUUAAAAAAAAAAUUAUUUGUUAAAGUGAUAGGAAAAAUCUUGCAAAAAUAAUGCAACAUCAUUGAACCUUCUACUUUAUCGCUCAAUAGAACAGGAACAGGAAAAAAAUUACAAACACAUUAUUACAUAUAAACAAGUAAAAAUAGGGACCAUGUACGAUAUUGUUUAAUCAAUUACAACUUUAAAACAUUUUAAUGAAGUGUAUAAUAAAAGCCGUCCAAUUAAAGUUGAAGGUGAAAAAUUAAAGAUAAAAUAAAUAGAAAUAUG